AUGAUCAACGAGGAACAGGUAGCCAUCUUGGACAGCAAGCCUGGUGAUGAACCGGUGGCUGCCGUAGGAGAGAAGAAAGUUAUCGCCACCAAGGUUUUGGGGACUGUCAAGUGGUUUAAUGUGAGAAGUGGAUAUGGUUUUAUUAACCGGAAUGACACCAAGGAAGAUGUGUUUGUACAUCAGAGUGCCAUUAAAAAGAACAACCCCAGAAAGUACCUUCGCAGCGUGGGUGAUGGGGAGACUGUGGAGUUCGAUGUAGUAAAAGGAGAAAAGGGAUCAGAAGCAACUAAUGUAACCGGUCCUGGUGACGUUCCAGUCCAAGGCAGCAAAUACGCCGCAUACCGUAAACGUUACAGACGCUAUCCGGGCCGUAGGGGUCCAUCGAACCACCAGGAGAAUUACCAAAAGAAUGAAGAUGAAGGCAAGCCAGAAGAAACUGAGAAAUCACCAAAAGGAGACGAUACUGACCAAGAGUACCCAUACCGCAGGCGUCGCUACCCACUGUCCAACCUGCGGAGAGAGUAUCAGCGCAGACCUCAGUAUUCAAACCCCGCAGCCCAGGGAGAAGGGGCAGAGGAACCGGACAACCAAGCUGCAGGAGACCAAGGAAAACAAAACAAGGGCUUCAGAACAAGAUUCCGCCGGGGGCCACCUCGCCAGAGACAACCCAGAGAAGACUGGAACGAAGAGGACAAAGAGAAUCAGGGAGACGGUACCCAGGGUCAGCAACCACAACCACGUCGAUACCGCCCUAACUUUAACGACAGGCGCAGACGCCAGCAAAACCCUGAGCCGAAAUACAGCAAGGAGACCAAGCCACCCAGAACAUCGUCUGAGAACACCUCCGCUUCCGAGGCUGACCAGGUCGGGGCCGCGUAA